AUGUAUGUGAGUGUAUUUGCACACACUCAUCCCUCCUGGUCCCAGGAGCCCAGUCAUGAAGAGUCUCAAGAAGAGGAACCACCAACUGAAAGUCGGGAUCCUACACCUGGUCAGGAAAGAGAAGAAGAUCAGGGUGCAGCUGAGAUUCAAGUGUCUGACCUGGAAGCUGAUCUCCAGGAGCUGUCUCAGUCAAAGACUGGGAAUGAAUGCAGAGAUGAUCCUGAUGUCAAGGGGAAGAUUCUGCCAAAACUAGAGCAUUUUAAAAUGCCAGAAGCAGGUGAAGGGCAACCACAGGUUUGA